AUGGAAAGCUCCAAUGACUGCACUACGAGUGAGUGGAGAGGCACAGUCUGGAACGCCAGUGCCAUGGUGACCGACCCGGACGCGCCGCGUGGUCAUCGACUGCUCACAAAAGAUGGAACAAUUGGUGUCGUUGCCGGCACACGCUUUCGCAAGGUUGACGAUCGUGAGCAGGCAUUUUGCCAGUCAACGGAGGAGAGUCUCGUGGAAGAUGUGAUCGAGUGCACUCUCAAGUGGUGCACAAAGUCAUACGAGCGCACGAUCGUGGAGAAUGGUACACUAUCCGAUCCCGCAUCAACGACCGAGCCUCUCGACUUUAUCGAAUUCGAGACUUGCGGCGGUCUGUUUGACGAGACUGACGCAUUCAAAAAUACAACUUGGACACUACGCGAGGAGAAUGUGUACGAUGAGAUCUACUCGGACAUGAGGCCUGCAUUUCGGGACAAGGACGUUCCUCAAUACACCUGCCCACAGGGUGACAACGAAGGCGAGACCGAGGACCGGGCUAUCAAGACCAAGCAGGCUUCGGAACUAGGCGCCAAGUUCCAACAGGCGCCCAACGUUUUUUUGAUCAACGAUCGCAAUACGUUCGACAUUCAAAGUGCGAUCAGCUUCAUCUUCCAAGGCGGCUUGACUCAAGAAUUCGUUGUAGGUGAAGACAGCACCAAACUUGCUUUAGCCGCAGCACAACAAAGUGGCGAAUUUAGCCAGCUCAUGGAUCGUGUCGCCGAAAGCAUGACCAAUUCUAUCCGCGUAGCUCCAAACGGGACCCAUGUUGACGGCAUGACGCAUCGCACGGACAUUGUCAUUACAGUUCACUGGCACUGGAUGGCCCUGCCUGGUGCAAUCGUGCUGUUCUCGAUUGGUCUGUUGUCGAUUUCGAUGGUGCUCUCGAGUGAGAAGAGCAGCCGUGCGGUUUGGAAGUCGUCUUUGUUGGCAGCUUUGUUUCAUGGUUUGCAGGGUUGGACGGAAGAGGAGCUGGACCGGGUGGAAUUGAAGGAUAUGGAGACUCGCGCGAAGGGCAUGAAAGCUAGUUUGAAGCCUGGCUUGAGUGGGAGCAUGAAACUUGUUAAGCAUCAGUGA